AUGGAAGACAGACCGCAUAAAACGCACCGGCCCCCUCAGUCUGGUCAAAAGGCGGACAAGAAGGGAAAGGGCAAGGAAAAGCAGCAUGGCUUCAAUGAGAAGGCAUUUGCACCCAGGUCCGGUCGCAGAGCAGAACGUCAAGGACGGAGGACAGCCGAAAAAGAUCAAACCCGUCUCCAUGUUCCCCUUGUCGACCGCACCCCCGACGACCUGCCGCCCCCCGUCAUCGUGGCCAUCGUAGGCCCGCCUGGUGUCGGCAAAAGCACCUUGGUCAAGAGCCUAGUUCGCCGGUACACCAAGCAAACACUGUCUGAAAUACGAGGACCUGUCACAGUUGUCAGCGGUAAAAAGAGACGUCUCACCUUCAUAGAGUGCAACAACGACCUCAACUCUAUGAUCGACAUCGGUAAGAUUGCUGACCUUGAAACCUUCGAAUUCCUCAACGUUCUCCAAGCCCACGGCUUCCCCAAAGUUAUCGGCGUUCUCACCCAUCUAGACCUCAUAAAAAAAGCAGCGACUCUCCGAGACACCAAAAAGGCCUUAAAAAAACGCUUCUGGACGGAAAUCUACCAGGGCGCUAAAUUAUUCUAUCUAUCCGGCGUGCUAAACGGCCGAUAUCCAGACACCGAAAUCCUCAAUCUCUCCCGUUUCGUGAGCGUCAUGAAGUUCCGCCCUCUCGUCUUCCGAAAUGCCCACCCAUAUCUCCUCGCCGACCGCUUCGAAGAUCUUACUCCUCGCGAGGAUGUCCGACUCUCCAAGGGAAAAUGCGAUCGCACUGUCACGAUGUACGGGUAUUUGAGGGGCACAAACUUGCGCGCAGGGACGAAGGUGCAUAUUCCAGGUGUUGGUGAUCUUGAUAUGAAGGGAGUGACAAUGCUGGGGGAUCCGUGCCCGCUCCCAGACGCAGAUUCGGAGAAGAGGAGGAAGCUGAGCGAGAAGAAGAAGCUAUUGGUUCAUGCGCCAAUGAGCGAUGUGGGCGGGGUCAUGUACGAUAAGGAUGCGGUUUGGGUAAACGUACCUGGCAGUUUCACGAGAGGAAAUACUGAUGUUCCACAGGGGGAGGGGGAGCAGAUGGUAAUGGACCUUCAAGAUGUAGAUGAGACGCUCGAAGACGUUGUUGCUCGGAGCCAUAUUCGGCUUCUUGGUUCCUCUUCCCGGAAUUUGAUUGUAGAUCCUUCAUCGAGUCGUUCUGUGGAAGAAGUCGACGAUGACGAUGACGAUGACGAUGACGAUGACGACGACGACGACGACGACGACGGCCCCGACGGCGGUGAGAGUGAAGAUGAGAGCGAGGGCGAGGAUGCAGCAGGGACUGAGCAUGGCGAUUCGGACUUAGGUGAAGAAGAAGAUGACGAGGGUGCUGGUGGGAGCCGAGUUCGGUUUGCUGAAGAUCCAGCGGACGCUGAUAUUCCAAGCGAGGAAGAAGAUGAGGCCGAUGUAGAGAUGGACGAGGACGAAGACAUCCCGAAGUGGAAGCAGAACCUAACGGAGCGCGCGGCAACGUCUUUCGAGCUAACAUCGCGGCGGAAGAAGCGUGAGGACUGGACAAAACUGAUCUACUCGAGCGCCUUGACGCCCACACAAAUAUUACAUGAGGGCUCACACACAUCAAUAGAGGAUGGUGAGGGUGGAGACGAGGACGACUUCUUUCAGGUGAAGAAGAGCACGGAUACAGUGGAGGAGGUAUUCGAUAUGACCAAGGACCCGACUGAUCCCGAGGAGCUCAAGGAAUGGGAGAACAUCGAGAUGUUGGAUUCGAUACGACAUCUAUUUAUCACAAGCCACGAUCAAGGCGAGAAAGAUGGACCUGAGGGCGGAGAAGAGCACGAUGAUGCGGAAGAUGGCAGCGAAGAGGAGGGCGAUAGAGUUGAUGGAGAGAUGCCUCUGGACUCAGAGUCAGCUCGCGCAGCUUCUUUAGCUGCCAAGAAGGAGGCUCUCAAACGGAAGUUCGACGAGCAAUACGACGAUCCAGAGACGUCGAAGCAGGACUUCUACGAUGAGAAGAAGGAUGAAAUUGCUCGUCAACAAACGCUCAAUCGGGAAGAGUUCCAAGACGUUGACGCGGAAACGCGUGCCCUUGUCGAGGGUUACCGUCCUGGGUCGUACGUCCGAAUCGAAAUGGCGAAUGUCCCGUGCGAGAUGGUCGAGCACUUUGAUCCUCGGAGGCCGCUCAUCAUCGGUGGGCUACUCCCUGCUGAGGAGCGUUUUGGGUUCAUCCAGGUUCGCAUCAAGCGUCAUCGAUGGUAUGCGCGCACGCUCAAGACCAAUGAUCCGCUCAUCUUCAGCCUGGGAUGGCGCCGGUUCCAGUCAAUCCCUAUAUAUUCCUUGGACGACCAUUCUAUCCGGAUGCGCAUGCUCAAGUACACACCAGAGCACAUGCAUUGCUAUGCCACAUUUUAUGGCCCCGUUGCGCUCCCUAACACCGGCUUCUGUGCAUUCAACUCCCUGGGCCCAGACUCGGCUGUAUUCCGGAUUUCUGCCACAGGAGUCGUUUUGGAUAUUGACCGCUCGACGAAGAUAGUAAAGAAACUCAAACUUACUGGUGCACCAUACAAGAUCUUCAAGAACACCGCGUUCGUGAAGGACAUGUUCACCUCCGCUCUCGAGGUCGCCAAGUUCGAGGGUGCAAAUAUUAGAACUGUGUCGGGCAUUCGCGGACAAGUUAAGAAAGCCCUACCGAAACCUGAUGGGGCAUUCCGAGCGACGUUCGAGGAUAAGGUCCUAAUGAGUGAUCUAAUCUUCCUUCGUGCUUGGUAUUCAAUUCAACCACGCAAGUUCUAUAAUCCUGUCACGUCGUUGCUCUUAUCGAACGACUCAGGCUGGGCUGGCAUGCGUCUGACUGGCCAGGUACGGCGGGAGCAGGGCCUCAAUGCUCCGCAGCCAGUAAAUUCUACAUAUAAGUCAAUCACACGACCAGGGCGGCGUUUCAACACACUCAAGGUUCCUCGCAAACUCCAGGCGUCCCUUCCGUAUGCUUCAAAGCCGAAGCUCAUGAAACCUCAGCGGAAAGAGACGUACCUCCAGAAGCGCGCAGUCGUGCUCGAGCCCGAAGAGAAGAAAGCGAUCGCGGUGAUGCAGCAGAUCCGAGCGAUUCGCAAGGAUCAAGUGGCGCGGAGGAGAGAGAAGCAGAACGUGAGGAAAGAGGACAGGCGGAAGAAGCUUGAGAAGGACGAGGCGAGGAAGAGCGAGAAGAAGAGAGAGGAAAGGAAAGAACACAUGCGGAUCGCGGGGAUCAAGAGUAAACGAGAAACAGAGAGGGAGGAGGGAGGGAGUAGGAAGCGAAGGAAGACAUGAUCACUUUUAGCCGUUCGUAGCUUGUCCGUUGACCUGGCUUUCUGUUACCUGCUUAUUUGUGGCCCCUCCAUGCCGACGAUUUUUGAUCCUAGCACACUCGAUUCUUAGUGCAUUCUCAGGAUCCUCAGGUACUCUGUUUCCUCUUUUGAUGUACGUUGAUGUCGAUCGCG